GAUCUUGGAGCAGAGCGAGAGGCUUCGGCAGCAGUUGGCCAGCGGAAUCGCUGACGAAGUUCAGGAAGCACUGGCCACGGUCCAGGGCCACGUUUGGCAGUUGUCCCAGCAUGCCACAGGAUGCCGACUGGUACAGCUCGCCUUGGACACCCACAUGGCCCCGCUGCUGGCGCGGGAGUUGCACGGCCACGUGCAGGAAGCUGCGGUGUCCCCGCACGCCAACUACGUCGUGCAGAAGGUGGUGAGCUCCCUGACCUUCGCCGCCUCCAGCUUCGUGGCCCGGGAGCUGCUGGGCUCCUGUGCUCGCCUGGCCAGGCACCGCUACGCCUGCCGCAUUUUCUGCCGCCUCUUGGAGUUCUGCGGUCAGCGUGACCUCACGCUCCAGCUCAUCGAUGAGCUUUUGGAGGAAUGCGAGGACCUUUGCCGCCACAACUUCGGGCACCACGUGGUGCAGAGCGUGCUGGAGCACGGCCACGAGAGGCACCGCAAGGUGGUGGCGGAUGUUCUGAAGUCUGACCUGCUCAGCUUCGCCAAGCACCGGAACGCCAGCUAUUUGGUGGAGAAGGCUUUGACCUAUUGCGCGCCCCAGGAUCAACACGCCUUGCUGGCGCAGCUGGGCCGCACGGAGGUCAUCGUAGACCUGGCGCGGUCCCAAUUCGGGUGCUACGUGGCCAAGAGCCUCUUGCAGGAUUCGCGCGUCGAGCGCGUCAAGGUCGAGGGCAUAAAUUGCCUCGGAAGGGGUUGGUCUGAAUAUAUUUGCAUCUUUCUUUUCUUGCGCUUAUGGGAUACUCUCAAAAUGGAAGCCUUCUUUUUACAUGGUUGGUUUCCGUUUGGUGGUUCCCUUAAAAGCAAACCCCACCCCACAGGCUUCAUGUCUGGAACAUGUACCAACUGCCGUUCUUGGCACACCUGCAUGGAGUGUUUGGGUCUUGUUCACUUAAACAUCAUGCUUAUCAGGUUCUGCUCAGCCACAAGAAGGAUCUUGGGGCUGUUGCUUACGAUAGAAGAGUUGAUUCCAACCAUUGUUCCACUCUCUACGAUGGGAAGUUGUCACUGGAUGAUUGAACUGGUAAAGGACAGAACCGCUGAGCGAGGAGUGUGGGGUCGACCACCGAAAGCGCCGGUCACUGGGAAAGCCCGGUACGUCCAAUUUGCUAAAGACAUUCUUCGCUUCCCCUGUUGGUGCAAAGGGACAUGGUCAUGA